CCGGCUGCGAAGGCACGGGAUUAUCGUCAUCGGCAGCAGCAGCAGCAGGAAGAUCAUCGGCAGCAGGAAAAUCAUCGGCAGGAGCAGCAGCAACAGGAAGAUUAUCAUCAGCAGCAGGAAGAUCAUCGGCAGGAGCAGCAGCAGCAGAAAGAUCAUCGGCAGCAGCAGGAAGAUCAUCGGCAGCAGCAGGAAAAUCAUCGGCAGGAGCAGCAGCAGCAGGAAAAUCAUCGGCAGCAGCAGGAAAAUCAUCGGCAGCAGCAGCAGGAGGAGCAGCAGCAGCAGCAGGAAGAUCAUCGGCAGCAGGAGCAGCAGCAGCAGCAGGAAGAUCAUCAGCAGCAGGAGCAGCAGCAGCAGGAAGAUGAUGGGCAUUGUCGACCCCGUGGCUCGGCGUGCCAGCCCCGUGUCACCGCGCACUCGAUGAAGGGAGGCGCUGUCGACUGCGCUCAGUGCGGAUCUACCGUGAAUGAUGUCACAGGUCGAAGGUGCGUUAUUAACUCGGUUGAACAGUUCGCGUUCAAUUGAAUGAGUAUUUAUUUUGAGGCGUCGCGUAUCGCGAAGACCGACAUGUCUGAAAUAUUACGUUGAUUUGUGAUGUUAUCGUACGGACGGCGUUGAUGUGAAGCGAGUGCAUCAGAUGGGACUGCUGCCGAUGACCAAUGCUAGCUGGGGGGAAUAUGCAGACCGAUUGAUCUAUUUUGACAUCGUGUUUACCCAGUCGCAAUACGACACAAGUGAUGGAAUGAACAACAACAACAACAGCAGCAACAACCCACAACAAUAAUAAAAGACGAAACCAACAACAACAACAAAGACAACAACACCAUCAACAACAACAAUAAUAGAAAGACGAAGGCAACAACAAAGACAACAUCAGCAACAACAUCAACAACAACAACACCAUCAACAAGAACACCAUCAUCAACAAUAUCAUCAACAACAACACCAUCAACAACACCAUCAACAACACUAUCAACAACAACACCAUCAACACCGACAACACCAUCAACAAAAACACCAUCAUCAACAACAACAACAGCAGCUGAGCGACUCUUUGACAAGCCAUUGAUCACGUGCGCUUUUUUGUUGACACCGACUGAACCUCACGUCGACAACAACCGCCGAGUUGACGCCAAAAUCGAUCGUCGGCUCUCGGAAUGUUCGGGGGACACCUUUGACGUCGACCUAACGCUGGCUGACACGUGGCGGAUUUGAAGUCAACGUCAACCAAAGUGGACAACAACAACAAUAAGCGGGCUGCGAGAGUCGCCGUUCGAUUCGAGGAGCGGUUCGAGGUGGAGCCGCGGUAGGAAAGGGCUCGAACCGCCUCCGUUGUUCGAGCAGGAGUCGAUGAGCGCGUGCGUGCAGGUGGAGAGAGGUGUGCGUAGGCCGAGUUUACUACGAAGGCGACAAAGUCAGCUGCUUGUGUGACGACGAAGGGCGUAGAGGUGGCCUUGCAUGCCGUGGUCGGGUUCCGCCGAGGUCACGACCUCCACAGCCACGUUGAGAAGUCGCUCGGCUCCACCAAAACCAAUCCGGUGACCUCACCUGUACCCCCCCCCCCCCACUUCUCUACUCGCACUGCUCCACUUUGUAAUUUCCUCGACAUCGGCCACUUUACCCUCAUUUCCUGUCACCUGGCUCUAUUCAAGCAAUGUCGUCACUCUUGGUCAACGAUUCUACUCGCUACUAGUGCCGUUUAGCGCUGUGUGUGUAUUUGGACCUCUCUUGUCCAUAUACCCAUCGGUGACGACUUCUGUCUAUUACAUUAAGAAGUGUCUGCGUCAGUACAGGUGUACAAGUCCACAUUAGUACAGCUGUAGCUGUGUGUGGAGCUAUUGUAUUAGUCCCAUCAGGUGCAAUUGCUCGGGCAGGUGCACACGUUGAUAAGAGACAGCUGCUUGAAGGCAGCACCUCGUGCUCAUCACACAUCAGGCAGGAGAGGCGUGCGACUGCAAGCUCGCUUAGGACAGGCGCGAGUGUCUGUCUUUGUGGAGGAGUAUACACGUACAGCGAGGCUUUAUUGGGGUGGACUGCACAACUUGGAGGCCAGAUGGCUCUGCAAAACAAGCCGACUUUCCCAAGGAUCCCCCUUCUCCUCGCCUCCAUCUCAUGUCUCCUCGUGGCUCCAGGAGUUGUGAGUUCCGCCAAUGGGACCUCUACCACCACCACCACCAUCGCCCCCCACAACACCUGGACAGGCAGCCAAGACCCAGGCAGUGAACAGCCCCUGUUGUUGUCCUCCUCAAGCUCGCCUUCCUUCUUUUCCUCGUCAUCGUCCUCCAAUUCCACUUCCUCCACCGCGUCCACCGAUGCCUCCUCCUCCACCGAGGACGGUCAGCUGCUGCUGAGUGCCGCUGGGACACGGGAAGAGACCCCUGGGACAACCAGAGCAGAGCUGGAGGAACGAGGAACGCCAUCCAGCACAGCAGGCGCCACCCCGACCGUGAGCCCCACGGAACACGGCGCCACCGCAAACGUCACAGCCGCCGUCACCGCUGCCGUCACCGUCACCGCCACCACCGCCCCCGGUGACAUCGCGCCCCUCACCAUCUCACCGCCACCCGGAGGAGGAGGAGGAGGAGGCGACGCCGGCGACGCGUGGAACAGCACCCGAGCAACAGCCGGCGUCUCCAGCUCCGCUGGCGGCUGGACGUUGCCGACCGUCGCCAACCAGUCGGCCGAGGUGGCGCGAGUGCCUUCCCCCACGACUCCGAUCCACGGCACGCCGGAACCAGCGCACGCGGCGACCGCGGCGGCGGCGACGGCCGUGGACUUCCCGACAGGCGUCUGUCCGCCCCACGGCCGCGAACGGCUUCGACGCGACGGUGGCCACCUCUCCGACCGGCGAGGGUUCACCCACCGGGCCGGGUGGGACAACGGCGGCGGUCGCGACGGAAUCUCCCACCACCACCGCCGGCGCCGUGCCAACCGGAGGUCCGGAAAGCGUGGACGCUGCCGGCGCGGAGCUCCCGCCGUCUCUGCCCGUUCCGCUCGCCGUGACUCGCCCCAUGCGGACGUCCCCCGCCGUGGACCACCAGGGCGUGCCGACGGUGCCCCGGCCCGGCAGCAUGGGGCCCCCCGCGACCGGGGAGUCGAGCCCCGAGUGCAACGGGACGACGCACGCCAGCGAGGAGCGGGACACCGCGACCCCCACAGAGCCACCGGCGAGCGUGUGCCACCCCAACCCGUGCCCCGUCGGGCAGCGCUGUGUUCCCGAGCCGCAGGGCGAAGAGGGGAAUUCCUCUUCCCCAGGGAAUUCCUCAGCUCUCUUCACCUGCCAAUGCCCUCCCGGGUGGCAGGGACUCAACUGCACUGACGACGUGGACGAAUGCAUCGGCGACGGGACGAACCCGUGCCCCCCGUUCAGCGCUUGCCGGAACCGGCGAGGCAGCUUCGUGUGCGAGUGCCCCGUCGGCUUCUACCAGGACUACCCGCGCGGCUGCCUCGCAGCCAAGACGUUCCUAGGAAACAUCACUUUGAAGAAUUCCGUGUUCACGGCUGAGAUGGGAGACCCUGCUUCCAGCGUGUUCGUGGAGCUGCAGGACAACAUCACGGGAGUGAUGAACGAGACGUUCAAGGGCAAGAACUUGUCCUACCAAGGCACCACUGUUCUCAGUGUCACGAACGGGAGCGUUGUCGUCUCUGUGCUGCACCUCUUCGCUUCGUCGUCGGCGGCCACGAACCGCAGCGUGAACGACGCCAUCCGCAACUACACCGGGAGCUGCGCCAACACGAGCGCCUGCGAGUUCGCGCGCGGCAACAAUUUCUCCUACAGCGAGGGUGACGUGUGCAGCCUGUCGGUGUGCGACGAGAGGAGCUCGCGCUGCGUGCACGUCGACGGCGACGUGUCGUGCGAGUGCCGCGCCGGCUUCUUCAAGCACAGCGCCAUGGACCACGUGUGCAGAGCUUGUGAAAACGGCUACAAGCUGCAUAACAAUGCAUGUGUCAAGUGCCCGUUUGGCUACUACGGCCACCAGUGUGAGGAGCGUUACCUCCUCGUCGCUGUCGUCCUGGGGGCAAUGGGCGGGGGGCUCCUCGUCAACCUCGCCAUCGCUCUCUCCAUCACCUGCUACAGAAAGCGCCGCCUGGAGGCCCAGCGAGCCCGCUACAAGGACGAGGGCUUCCAGUUGUCCCCCUACGCGGAGCUGCCCCGGAUCCCCCGUGCCCAGACGGCGUGGGGGCGCGAGACGUACGAGAUGCAGGACAGCGGCAGCACGCGCAACCUGCUGCACCCCGACGAGAGCUACAUCGCGCCGGCGUACCGGAGCUCGGUGAAGAUGGGCGAGUCGGGGCAGCCCUACUCCGUGCUGCCCCCAGGACAGUACAUGUACGGAGGGCAGCACAAUCCGUCCUAUGUCCACGACGACACUCGCCGGAGAGAUUACUUCUGAACGGCGACUUCGUUUUAAAAUCGUUUUUGUUUUGCAACCUUCCUAUGACGUGCACGAUGCGCAUGUGUGUUUGUUUUUCACUCGCCAACAUUUCAGCCAGAAGCCGCUGUUUAAUUUAUGUUGCCAGUCGUGAGCCGAAUAUUUAUUUUCGUUUCUUUUCUCUUCACCUACUACUGAAAAACGUCUUCCUCCGUGGGUAUGAGGCAGUGUAAUGAGCAACUGUGAAAAUGAAAAAAAUUCUAGAGAAGUGAACGCGUCUGUUUCUGCUUUUAAUUGUGUGAGCUCUCUCGCCUCUUAUUUUCGAGGAGAAUUGUAAGUCCUGGUUUCUGCAUGAAUUGGUCUGGGCCAGUGGAAUCUUGUUCUGGUUCAGACAGGAAUGUUCACUUGCUGAUCUUAUCCCACUCUGGUUUUUUUUGUAAACAAAGAGAGAGAAAAAUCUGACUUUUCUUUCCCGACAAGUGCAAGUUUUGGCGCUCAAAAUAGUAUUUGUAAUGUUGAUUUACGAGGAUAGAAACAUUGUGGGUUUUCCCGGUGGAUCCUAACGCGCUUGCUUUCAUGUUGCACUGCGUCAAGCGAGAUCAACUUAAGUGUUCAAAGUUUCAAAUGUUUAAGAAUUUUGUUGUUUUAUUUGUGCCACAGUAUAAGCAGAAUUGUUGACAAAUCUUGAAACAAAGUAUUUAAAAAAAAAAUUUAAAUAAUUUAAACAUCUCACCAACAAAGAUUAGCCAAAUUGUCAGAGAAGAUCAAUCGGAUCAUCUUUUUAUCUGAUUUGCUUAAGUUUUUGUUUAUGAUGUUGCCAAACUUCAGCAGAAACCACUGGUCAAUGUUUGUGGUUGCUGCCAGACUCUUUGAAACUGCCUGGUGAUGAGUGGUUUAUGUUUUCACCCCGCAUCAGCUCAUUCGCUGUCCAGACAUUCACGCGAAAUGUCUAGACAGCAUGUCCGGGUCCUGGUAUUACGAUAAUCACCCUGUAAAUAUUUCCUGCCUUGGACGUUACAGCUAUUGCUACCAAUGAAGUAUUUAUGAUUGAUUGUAUUCCUGUAAGCACGCACCGCCGUGUUCACCUCUUGGGUCCAGCAAACGUGCCCACGGAGGGGGCGGGGGGGGGGACAUUGUUCGGAUUUCAUGAGAAGACAUUCUCCAGUUCUGGGUCAUGUAUCGGGAAAAGUGUCGGAUCGAAGUGAACAAGAGAAGUCGCUCGCCUCCAUCAUCAAAACCGAUCAAUCCACUCGUGGACGAAGGCCCCUCCUAGCCCCCAUCACAUCUCACGAACUCGCAACGGAACUAUCCACCCGGUGCCUGCACGUGAACUUAUUUCAUCACUCCAUCUCCUUCGUGCAAACCCUCUUGGCUCGGAGAGAAGUGCUGUGGCUCAAAAUCGGCGUCCGUCACUGCUUGAUGAUCACUUCCGAGCUUCAAAGGGAACGUGGUGAUGUGAAAUCUUGGUGCCUGUCCGACAGCGCAUCCUGAGCUUUUGGUGGACAUACUUCAUGCCACGCCAUGCCCCCACCGCAAGGACAGUGGCACAUGAUGCGGUGCAAGAAGCAAGCUGGGGCAAGCCUGUUUGAUAAGCGAGCCUCCCAUAACUUUGAAAAUUAACGUGGGAUUGCCGUUUUUUGUUGAAGACUGAAGACAAUGCAGGACGUGUCCUUGGAAGAAAAAAAUAAUUGAAUACGCGACUUGCUGUUGUAUAUAAACAAAUAGCAGUGACGACGAUUUCACGCAAUGAAAUUAAUUCUGCAAGGUAUUUUAUCAUUGUUAUUUCGCGGAGUUUCAUUUUGCUGACUUUCAUUGCACGUGUGCUAUGAAACUCCUAGCGCCAACCACUGUUACCGCUCCCCAUGCACACAUUCAUACAGAUUUACACAUGUAAUAUCCUAAGAGCUCAGACAAAGAUUCCCCGGAUAGCCUGAACAGACUGCUGGGGCAAGUGCUGUUAGCGAGCACCUAUGAAGGCCGGCACAGCACACGAGGGGGUGGUUGGCCAACACCACGCACGGCCGCCUUUGUAUCUCCAGUGGCGAUAUUUACACACCAGGUACUCAUUUGAGGCUGAGUCGACCUAGGGGAGGCCCAGGACCGGUUCAGAUAAUCGUCACACUGGUGUUGGCCGUGAGCGGGAAUCGAACUUGGGACAGCGGGUUCGUAGCGCAGCACGCUAACUGCUGCACUAUCCUAAGAGCACAAACACACGCGCUAGUUCUACUGGUCAAUUUUCUUGAGUAGCCUCUGAAGAAGACUUACCUGUUAAGUAAAGAGAAAAUAAAUUGCUAUGAAAACGUGUAAGUAUUAUAUUUUCCUAGCCACUUUUCGCUCUCUGGUGCCGUUUAUAAUUCUUCAUGAAUCGUGUCUGUAUUGUUGGCAUAAAUGUUGGCUUGUGC